GCUCUAUGCAUUUUUUCGCCAUUUCUCAAGAUUAUGAAUUGUGUUUUCUAGGAAUUUAAUAUCAUGUGAGGGCCCUUGAUUUGCUUCAUCUAGUGGUGUAAAAAUAGUACAUAUAAAGACAAGAUCUAGUCUAAUAUUAGCCAUGGAACUUGUAAUUCUUACCCUGGCCCUAUUGAACUAUUUUGGCCAUGUUUACAGUUUUGUAGUGAACUCUAGAUCAUACCACCAUGUUCGGGUUUUCCCUGUGUUACACCCUUGCGCACUGAAUCAAACAGGGAAAACAACUAAGUACACAAAAGAUCAGCUGUUAAACGUAAACAAUCCAAGUCUGAGUGUACCAUCAAAUGUGCUUACUAGUUUGGCCCAGUUAGGAGUUAGAAACAGCUGUGUUUGUCAAUCAAAGGUAGUAAAGAGUGACAAGAGGGGUACGAGAGGUGGGACAAGGAAACAGAGAAAAAUUAUGGUGUGUCAGGGGAUUCCUCGUGACACUGUUUCUAAGAAUAGAACUACGACUACUGUGAACAAGAAAAACCUAAUACAGAUAGACACUCGUAAUGUAUUUCAACAUAACUGUCCCAACUUAAGAAUUGGCUGUAUUAACACCCAGUCGUGCUGCAACAAAACAAACAUUGUAAGAGACGUAAUUGAAGAAAUGAACAUCGACUUGUUGUGCAUCACAGAAACUUGGCUUCGAACAGAAGGCGAUGAAUCUAUCAUAGCCGACCUUCUACCACCCGGCUUUGAACUUAAAUCUUUUUCACGCGGAUCACGUGGUGGCGGAAUUGCUUUUAUUCAUCGGCGAGGUUUACCAGUAAAGUUCAUCUGCGGUGGUCCAUCGUAUCGCACAUUUCAAUCAGCCACUGCUUUCAUCAGAUCAGAGCAACUUACCUUCCGUGUGACAUGUAUCUAUCGACCGCCACCUAACAAGAAAAAUAAAUUUACAAGUAAAGAAUUCUUCAUAGAAUUCCAAGAUCUACUCUUUCAACUAGAGCAAGCUGCCUCCCCCUUUUACAUCAUAGGGGAUUUCAACUUUCACUUUGAUGUUCCAUCUGUUCCAGACACCAAACGCCUUGUUUCAAUUCUUGAUGAUCAUAAUCUACAGCAGCUAAUCAAAGAGCCGACACAUCGUAGUGGUCACAUUUUGGACCUGCUAAUUACCAACACUGCUGACCAACAUGUUCUUAAACAUCAGGUUUUAGAUAAGGCUAUCUCUGACCAUUCUCUUCUGAUAGCUAACAUUAACAUCUCCAAACCAAAACACGUAAGAAGAAGCAUACUUUCAAGGAACACGAGAACAAUAGACACACAGGCACUUCGGGACGACGUGAGCAAAACACUGACAAGUCUAUCCUCCCUAGAUGCAGACACAUUUCAUGACACUCUCAAAGCGGCAAUCGACCAACAUGCGCCAA